CCCUCUUCGACUUAAAGCACUAAAGAGCACAUAAGCCAUUUGAGAUUUGACUGUUUUUUUUAUUUUCAGGACAAUGUCUUAAGACGACAGGUGGUGUAAUUCAAAUAGUUUAUGAGCUUAAGAUCUGCCAGAAAUGUUUUCUUUUCUUUUUUAUCAAUUGGGUUUACACAGUGGCAGUUGUUUUAGCUCCCAAUAUAUGUUUUUCCUCUUCAAGAAACAGGAUCUAAGCAAAGAAACUUCCUGUCUUAGAUUUGAAAUUGACCUGAAAUAACAUUGCACAUGAACAUAGAAGAAGCAUUGUUUAGAUGCUAUGCGAAAUUUAGACAAUUAUUUUUUAAAUUUUUUUCAGUUAAAUGGAGACAGGGGUAGCUGCAGGUCGGAGUAAUGUGCGUGGCAAAAGGUGGCGUGCCGAAAGGUGAACGCUACAUCAGAAACUAACCCCUAACCCUAACUCUAACCAAUUAGAAAGACCUUUAUCCACACCCCCUACCUUUCGGCACGCCCUAAUCUUUUGCCACACCCACUGCUCCAGCCUGCAGUUAUCCCUACUUGUAAAAAUUCAGUAUCCAAAUACAUCAAAUAUAGUGACAGUAAUGCGGUUUUAGAACAAUUAUGUAACGACUGAAAGGCAUAUGAUGGUCUUCAGAAAUGUAGGCAUUCACGGGUUAAUGGUUUGUGGUUUUUCGUGCCCCCCAAAAUCGUGGCGAGACUCUGCGAAAUGUCCAGUAUGCACACGUGAAAAGAGCUCCCCUUGAAACCCACAAAUACCUGUGCAUGAUCGAAACUCGUUUGUCUUUAUAACAAAGUAAUUUUCAAGUCUAAAUGAGCAUCCAUCCCUCUCGUGGCAUUAUCGUGGCUUCAGUAUCAUUUUUAGGAUCUUUUUGGAAGGGAGGGGGCAAUACUGCCCCUUUUAUAAACAACUUUGUACCGUAAAAUGUGAAGUUAGUGGAAGACCUUACGCACUCGCCUUACGGGCAAAACAGUGGUUUUGGCUUUCCCACACAAUCUGAAAGCAUGGAUGUUAAACUGGAUUUGACUAUCCACGCUGUCGUUUUCAUCCUACUUACUGUUGUUCCUUUUGGAUGUGCGCAUUUCGACGCGCACUCGGUCCCUCUCCAGAGACUGAGACAUCAGACCGCAGCAUCAAAACCAGCACUCAAGGUGACAGAUUACCAUGUGCGAUGUUCUGUAGUGUCUCGCUAUGCUGUAACCACAGUGGAGAGCACCACGUGGAACCAACUCCACAUUACUAAGGAGGCGGCCUUCGAGGUGGAUUUAUCUUCAUCUGCAUUUAUUUCCAACUUUACCAUCACCUCUAAUGGGAAGGUGUAUGUGGCUCAGGUGAAGAGGAGAACUGAUGCAAGGAAGAUCUAUGACACCGCUAAGAAGCAGGGGAAAACGGCAGGACUUGCUGCUACUAAGGAACGUGAGAUAGAGAAGUUCCGUGUAGCAGUCAACGUGCCUCCUGGGACUCGCGUCUCCUUCACGCUGACGUAUGAGGAGCUUUUAUCACGACGGCUUGGCCGCUAUGAGCUGUCUCUGGGUCUACGGCCUGGCCAACCUGUGCAGAACAUCUCCCUGGACGUCAGCAUAUCAGAGCGGACGGGCAUCAGCUAUAUCAGAGCUCUGCCAUUGCGAACUAGCCGACUGCUUACCAACAAUGUUCAAGAUGCAGAUCCUCCUCCAUCAACUAAGGUCGAGCAGAAUCCCUACUGCGCACAUGUGCGUUACACUCCCAGCAUACAGCAACAGAAGAAUAUCUCCCCAAGAGGUCCCAAUGCAGACUUCGUCAUUCAGUAUGACGUGGAGCUCAAAGACCCCAUGGGGGACAUACAGGUGGAUGAUGGCUACUUUGUUCAUUACUUUGCACCUCGAGGACUUCCUGUAGUUCCUAAAGAUGUCAUCUUUGUCAUUGACAUCAGCGGCUCUAUGAUUGGCACAAAAAUCAAGCAGACAAAGGCAGCCAUGACCACCAUACUGAGUGACCUACGUGAGGGAGAUUACUUCAAUCUCAUCACUUUCUCAGAUAAGGUCCACACCUGGAAGAAAGGCCGCACUGUGCGGGCCACUCGGCAAAAUGUGCGGGAUGCCAAGGAAUUUGUCAGGAAGAUAAUCGCAGAGGGCUGGACAAACAUCAAUGCAGCUCUACUGUCUGCAGCCCAGUUGCUAAAUCCAUCCUCACACUCAUCUUCAUCCAGUGGUCAUGCACCUUCAUCUCACCGUGUUCCCAUGAUCAUCUUCCUGACUGAUGGAGAAGCCACUAUUGGGGAGACAGAACCAGAUGUGAUUCUGCGCAAUGCACAGAAUGCUUUGGGUUUAGCUUCGUUAUUUGGCCUGGCCUUUGGAGAUGAUGCUGAUUUUCCAAUGUUGAGAAGGCUGGCAUUGGAGAAUCGUGGUGUGGCUCGGAUGGUAUAUGAGAAUGAUGAUGCAGCUGUCCAGUUGAAAGGUUUCUAUGAUGAAGUUGCCAGCCCUCUGCUUUCAGAUAUCCAGCUGUCCUAUCUAGACGAUCAGGUGUACGAUAUCACUCGCUCUCUGUUUCCCAACUAUUUCCAGGGCUCUGAAUUGGUAGUCACGGGUCGACUUAAGCCAGGGGUACAGGAUCUAAAGGUUAUGCUAACAGCAAACGAUUCGAAGCAGAAAGUCAAAGUGGAGAAUGAGCUACCAUUGGCCAAAGCAGUUAUAAAUGGAACAGAACCGUCUCUGGGCUGUGCACAGGCACUGGAUGGCAUUCCUAGCUUUGUGCAUCGGCUCUGGGCUUAUUUCACAAUCAAAGAGUUGCUCUUGGCUAAAAUUAACACCUCGGAUGUGUUCACACAGCGUCUUCUUGUAGAUAAAGCCACCAAUCUUUCGCUGAAGUACAAUUUUGUAACACCGGUCACAUCAUUGGUUGUGAUCAAACCAGAUAUUGAUGAACCAGAACCUACUAUUAGCUCUUCUGUUUUGGCUACUACUAGCAAGACGUCAACUAGUACCGUUGCAGGUUCUACAAACGUGACGAAUCAGACCUCUCACACUGCACCUAAAAUAUCUUCCACAUCUGCAACAAGAAACAAAAAAUCCAGCUCGUUCUCACCUCCAAAAACAAGCAAACCUCCUGUCACCAAAUCUGUACGAGUACAUCCACCACCCUCAGGGCUUCACACCACAGGUCGACCGCCUAACACCUCUGUCUCCCUUAACAAAACAAUCCCUCCUUCAUCACCUAAGAAGACCACUACUGGACCACUUAAGACCACCUCUACCCCACUUUCCAGCAAGCCAUCCUCCUCGCCUCCCAGUACCAUCAAAACCACACCAGCCUUGGCUAAGAUUUCAAGCACACCUCCUAGUACAGCGAAAUCCACUUCUUCCUCUCCGCCAGUCAAAAGCACAACACUAGCCACCUUAGUCAAAACUGCGCCAUCUGUGGUGAAAGACUCUUCCUCAGACAUUGAGAACUCUACUACCUCAGGACUUACAACGCUUGAGCAGGGCCAACAAACAUUACCCUCCACAGCAUCUACCACCGAUGCUAAUUCAGACAUUCAGAUUGAACUGGAAGUGGCCACACUGAUGGCUCCUUCGUUUCUGCCUAUGCCAGGAAUGACAGAUGCACCGAAGUUGUGGGAAGCCUCUCGCUUUCUUGAUGUGUCCUCAGCCAUCCAGAUUCAGAGGAAAGAUAUUGAACUUGUUAAAGAUUAUGAUACAGCACAUGACUACGACUAUGACUACAACAUCCAUUAUGAGUCAUAUUCCGAUGCUGAGGUGUCUGACCCAGAUAACCAACCUAGUUUAAGUUCAAUUAGAGGGUUCUCCUCCUCAGUGGAUGGAGACCCACAUUUUGUUGUUCAGCUCCCAAAGCUCCAUCAGAACUUGUGUUUUACCAUUGAUGGCAGGGCUGAUGAUGUACUACGGCUUCUGGAGGACCUAGACAAAGGCAUUAUUGUGGAUGGGCAUUUAAUGCUGGCUCCUUCUAAGGAGGGGCUGGAGAAUCGUACUCGUACCUUCUUCGACAGGAUUUCCAUCAUUGCUGCCAAAGGUGGCAUUAUGAUCACAUUAACACUGGACUCCGUACAAGUAGAAGCGGAUGGGAAAGAAAUCGAGACGCUUCCCACCAAUCAGAGAGGAUCUGUGGAGCAACACGGCAUGAGAAUCACGGUUGAAGAGCACCACAGCUGUUGGAUUGAGCUCGGGGUUGGUGUGCAGUUCCUCAUUCUCUUCCAUCUCUACAACCAUCCCAAAUCCUUUCAAAUGGAGCACCUGGGCUUCUAUAUAGCCGAUGGAAAGGGGCUUUCUCAUCUCACUCAAGGGCUGUUGGGCCAGUUUCAGCAUACCCAUAUGGAGGUUAUAAGGGUUUCAAGGGAUCAAGCUGGUUUCCAUCAUGCACAAACAAAUAAGAACACUUCGCUGGCUAUGGGCUUGCUAAAGAAAGGAGAUGAGCAUUUUCCUGUCACCCUACAAGACAAGAAUCUGAAGGACUCACCCAGGAAGCGACACUCGGCUCAAUGUUGGGUAGUGCCAAAGGUGGAUGUAGAGAGACUUCUGGGCCAGUCCUAUGAGAGCUAUGUCGUGGAUCGCCAGUAGAAAACCUUCACAUCACGUCUCCACUUCUACAGUUACAAAAGGUACAGAAAAGACACUGGAACUUGAAUCUUUUGCUA